GUGGGACUGCGUUCGCGCGUUGUCCAGCCCCUUCCGGCUUGGCGGUGUGGCCGCUGGGAUUGAAGUUCCCGCCGGGUCCGGGCUGGGUACAGUGAUGCUACCUGGCCCACCUCGGCUGUGAGGCGACAGGAACGACCCGGGCCUCCCUCCGCUUGCUUACGGCGGGCAGUCAUGUCCACGGGUUUCUCUUUCGGGUCCGGGGCGCUAGGCUCCACCACCGUAGCGACCGGCGGGACCGGCACGGGUGGCGGCUUCUCCUUUGGGAGCGGGGCGUCUAGCACCCCUUCUGUGGGGCUCAGUUUUGGAACUCUUGGAAACUCUGCAACACCAGCAACUACAUCUGCCUCUUCCAGUGGUUUUGGAACUGGACUCUUUGGAUCUAAGCCUACCACUGGGUUCGCUCUUGGAGGAACAAGUGCAGGAACAGCAGCCACUACUUCUGCGUCUACAACAGGCUUCAGUUUAGGAUUUAGUAAACCUGCAGCAUCUGCCACACCAUUUGCUCUGCCUGUUACUUCUACCUCAGCUAGUGGUCUUACUCUUUCGUCUGCUCUUUCAUCAACUCCAGCAGCAUCCACGGGAUUUACUCUAAAUAAUUUAGGAGCAACAACAGCCACAACUUCAACUGCAUCAACAGGGCUUUCUUUAGGGGGAGCCUUAGCUGGUUUGGGAGGUUCCCUUUUCCAGACCGGAAACACAGCAACAUCAGGUCUCGGACAAAAUGCUUUAAGCUUGUCUUUGGGAACUGCAGCACCCACUUCAGCUGCAGGCAAUGAAGGCCUUGGUGGUAUAGAUUUCAGUACCUCAUCAGAUAAAAAGAGUGAUAAAACAGGAACAAGACCAGAGGAUAGUAAAGCACUGAAAGAUGAAAAUCUACCUCCUGUCAUCUGUCAGGAUGUUGAAAAUCUCCAGAAAUUUGUGAAGGAACAAAAGCAAGUCCAAGAAGAAAUUAGUAGAAUGUCUUCUAAAGCAAUGCUUAAAGUCCAAGAAGAUAUAAAAGCCCUGAAGCAGCUUCUGUCAUUGGCUGCCAGUGGGUUACAGAGGAACACUCUCAAUAUCGACAAGUUGAAACUAGAAACCGCCCAGGAGUUAAAGAAUGCUGAAAUAGCUUUAAGAACGCAGAAAACACCACCUGGACUCCAGCAUGAAAAUACGGCUCCUGCUGACUACUUCAGAAUUUUGGUUCAGCAGUUUGAGGUACAGCUUCAGCAGUAUAGACAGCAGAUUGAAGAACUAGAAAACCAUCUUGCCACUCAAGCAAAUAAUUCACAUAUAACUCCUCAAGAUUUAUCAAUGGCUAUGCAGAAAAUUUAUCAAACAUUUGUAGCUUUAGCUGCACAACUUCAGUCUAUUCAUGAAAAUGUAAAGGUACUCAAAGAACAGUACCUUGGCUACAGGAAAAUGUUCUUGGGAGAUGCUGUAGAUGUGUUUGAAGCCAGGAGAACAGAAGCCAAGAAGUGGCAGAACGCACCCAGAGUUACUACUGGACCCACUCCUUUCAGCACCAUGCCAAACGCAGCAGCCGUUGCCAUGGCUGCAACACUUACACAGCAGCAACAGCCUGCUACAGGGCCACAGCCAUCUCUGGGAGUUAGUUUUGGAGCGCCAUUCGGCUCAGGUCUUGGCACUGGCUUGCAGUCAAGUGGCUUAGGUUCUUCAAACCUUGGAGGAUUUGGAACUAGCUCUGGUUUUGGAUGCAGCACCACAGGGGCCUCCACAUUUGGAUUUGGAACAACAAAUAAACCCUCAGGAAGUCUUAGCGCAGGCUUUGGCAGCUCAAGUACAUCUGGGUUUAACUUCAGCAAUCCCGGCAUCACGGCGUCAGCUGGUUUGACAUUUGGGGUGUCUAAUCCUGCCUCUGCAGGCUUUGGAACAGGAGGACAACUCCUUCAGUUGAAGAAACCUCCAGCUGGAAACAAAAGAGGAAAAAGAUAAACAUGCUGGUUGAUGUGUUGAGAAUUGUUAGCCGGCCGUUCGUGCUGAUUCUAUUUUUCUAAUGAUGCAGUAAUUGAAUUGCAUCCCAGGAGAUUUAUAAAGUUUUGAUAUUUUUCCCUACUCUAGAAUUUGAACUUUGUUUGCCACAUGGAACAUCUUUUUUUGUGAAUUUAAAAUCCAGUUGCGGUUCUGUUGUUGCUGUUAUUUUUGGUUCUCCAUGUAAGAAAUGCUGUAAUUACAUUACUGAUUGAUAGUGGUAAAAACUGUUAAUCUAAAACCUAUGAUUUAAGCUAGUGUUAAUAGCCGUGUUUUUGUUAAUAAAGGUUUACGCUAUGUGAAUAUAUGCACAUUGGUUUCUUAAUGAGAUAUAAACUCUAGGGCCUACACUAGAAUUCAUUUGUUCCUUGAAAAGGCCUUUAGACUGCAGGGCAUCUUGUGAAUAUGUAUGUAAUUCAGAAUAAUGCAUACCCUUGUGUGUGCAUAUAAAAUAUAUAUUUACAGACCUACAACUUUUGCCUCAGACUGUUCUCCUUUUCUAAUGGUAUUCAAUUUUUCACCUUUUGAGCUUCAAAUCUCAGUGCUUAAGAGAACAAUUGGCUCCGGGUACCUUGUCAUUCAUAUGUUUGCAAGACUUAAGUGGUUAUUGACAUACUAACAUUCAACUUCAUUGUCCCUGCUUUUCUGUUUUUGUUUACACCUUAACUCUUUGUUGCUACUCCAAAGGAGGAAUGCUGUAGGACUCAGUAGACAGAUUUUAGAAACCUUUACUACCCUAUAUAUUCUCAUACUACUACUAUUGCUUUUUUAUCCUAAAUGAGAUGGACUUUGAGGAGUGUGUUUGAACUCCAGACUGGUGUUCUGGGGGCAAAGAGCUAUUAAGCCAAAUUGAAUCUAUGCAGGUGAAGUGCACACUGUUAAUCCAGUGGAACUCUUCUAGCUGUUCAAUCCAGAGUUCCUACUUACAGGGCUAUUGACAACCACACCAAAUGGAGUGGCUUCUCAGCCUCUCAGUGUCUGAAGUGAGUGCUUAAUUUGGACUACAGAAAUAAUGUAUUUUAAGAAAAACAGUUCUUUGUAGCAGUUGUAAACUUUCCCGUCUUACCAGUGAACGUAGCUCCAGGUCGCAGAGCAGAGGCAUGUCAGGUUGCAUGAGUGUAGUAUUUGUGCUGCGGUAGUGGCGUUGAGUGGUUGAACAACAACCAUUGCAGAGAGAAUUGCCUUAUUCAUGAUUUCACUGAGAAAACAUUAUCUUUCAAGUACAGUUUUCAAGUGGGAUGAAAACAUGGAAUUUCACUGAAAAUAGUUUAAUUUUUUACAUAGAAGGUUUUGUACAUAUGUGCAUCAGUGGAUAUUUUCAGAAUCAUUUCACCAAGGCACCUUUUUUUCUAAAAUAGGUAUGGAGUAUAUAAAUAUGCAUAUACACAUAUAUAUUUUAGUAUAAUGAUAGUUGGGUUUGAUUAUAAAAAUAUCAAGUCUGUUUUAUUUAUCUGCGUAUAGCAAUGAUUGACUUUCUCGAAUUCAGUUUUUGCAUCUUGAUGUAUUAAAAUAAGGAGAAUUAUUUGUCUCUGAGCACUAAACUUGUUUGUAUUUGUGUAUUUCUCUAGUACUACAAUCCCUAAUUUAGGUCAUGGGGGAAGGAUAGGAAAAAGGUGUGCUUUUGAAUUACUGUCAGAGUUACAUAUGCCAUUGCCACAAACUGGUUUUUCGUUGUUGUUUUUUUUUUAAGGACAUUAUAUUGUGCUGAAAAUAUCUGAAUAUUUAUAUUUCUUGUUUUUCUUUAUAUGCAUCUUCCUAUGUUGAACCACUGGAAAGCUGUAAUGUUACUUUGUGGUAGAAGUCUUAGUGUUGUCACUGUCUUUGUCUUCACUGUCCAGAGCCUGCUAUAGAAACAAUAAAAUUUCUUGUGUCCGUU